AUGCCGCGGUGGCAGCAGGCUGAGGAUGUCGGUCGUCUUGCCGCUCAGAACGGUUUCACUGUCAUCACGGGCGGCUACGGCGGCUCUAUGGAGGCCGUUAGCAAAGGCGCGCGCGAGGUGAGGGAUGCGGCAGCGGCAGGCUCUGCUGCCGCGUCAGCCGAGGUUGUCGGCAUCGUCGUGUCGGAGGUGUUCCCUGGCCCCCUCAGAGAGGGGAACAAAUACCUGACCAAGCUGUUGGACUCGACUUCGAUGCUGCACCGCAUCGAGCAGCUCACGACCCACUCCCGCUACUUUAUCGUUCUGCCUGGGACGACAGGCACACUGCAGGAGUUGGUGACCAUUUGGGUGCAGAAGACCAUCCACCCCAGCGACCUCCCAAUGCCGGUGAUCGUCGCGUUCCAUGACCCGUGGGAGAAGUGCUGCGAAGGCAUCAUUGAAUCUCUCCAGCUCUCUUCCCAACAGGCCAACGCGAUCCAUUUCGUCGACACACCAGAGGAAGCCAUUGAGUGGAUCGUGAAGGAUUCCACGGGAGAGAUCGACGGCUCGCGGGCUUGA